AUGUCCAACCUGAAUACCGAUAAUGUCACCGUGAGCUUGUCUCGACUAGCACUGGCCAAAGCGAUCAAGACCCCUGAUGAGGGGGAAACGGAAGCUGAACCUUGGACCAAGAGUGUCAUCUUUCAUCAGUCUCACGUUUCUGAUUCCAUGCGUCAGAGUAUGCUGUUUCCAAAUCAACCACGCGGUCGUCAACAUCAGCAACAACACCAUCGCCAAUCUCGGCACCUCCAGGAACAACAAGGCCGACCAACGGGAGCAAGACGACGUAGUAGAAGUAGUGGCCAACUACUGGAUCAAUACCAGUAUCAGCAGCAACAACAACAACAACAACAUCAGCAAGCAUACCAACAGCAGCAUGGAUAUCAACAUCAUAACCAAACACAGCAACAAUAUCAUUCUCAGCAACAUCAAGAGCCUAUCACUACUACCAACAAUAUAGCUACUACUACUACAACUACUUCUACUCAUCCGCAACAACGGUCUAAUCGUCAAAGUGACAUUCUUAUGCGACCUUCUUCUCAAGAAAGGAAUCGAGGUGUAACUGAAACAUCCGCUGUUGGUGGUGGUGGUGGUGCAGCAGCAGGAACACGACGACACAUUAUGGCUAGCGAUGAUGAAGAUGAGGAGGAUGACGAUGAGGACCAAGAAUCUUCCGAGGAUGACGAUGAGGAUGGUGGAAAGAGCAAUGCAGCACCUAUGCUUCCUCCCGUUACAACUUCAUCUUCCCCUAUUCUCGCACCAGCACAGCCACCAGCACCACAAGAAUCCACCAUCCCUGUGCCCACACCAAUGCCUCGAAAAUCAGCCUCUUUACAGCCAUUGAACAACAAACAACAAAGAUUGAGUCAACACAUUCCAGAGCCAAGUGAUGAUGAGAGUGAUCAAGUUGAUGAAGAUGCUGAUAGUAGCAGUGAUGAUGACAGUAGCCAAGAUGCUGCUGCAUCCAGACAAAAACCUGCAUCCGACAAUGCAGCUGAAGAUAUGAUGAUGAAUGCACGUCGUAUGUCCACCUUGCGUCAAUUGGAACGUGGUCCAAGCGUACACAAAAGAUCUCGCUCUUAUGGUGACUUGAAUCUCAUGCAAGAACAAGCUGUUGCAGCUGAAACUGCUGCUGCUGUUGGCGUUGGUGGCGCUGUUGCACACAACCCUUAUGCCGAUGUUGAUGUUACUCUUGAGCCUACUGGGAAAUCAGGUGCCAUUGAACGAUGGAGACAGGAUAUUUCUGGUGAUGCUUUUGGAUCGAGACCCUCGUCUUCGCAAUCAUUUGAUGAGGAUAGCAGUGCAGGUGCCUAUCAACGUCGUCGUAGAUCAACCAUGGGUGAGAUGGAUAUGAUGUAUUACCAUAUGCAACAACAACAAUUCCAACAACAACAACAACAAAUGCAAUGGCAAAUGCAACAACAACAAGCGGCACAAAUGGCACAAAUUCAACAAUAUCAACAAGCCGCCAUGAUGUCACAACCCACUUUGGUUGCUACUCCACCACCACCUCCUCCUAUGGCAGGUCAAUCGGCUGCUGCUCGUAAUCCCAAUCGCAAGAGCGUUUCAGCUAUGGAUGUAUUGACCCAAAUUGAAAGAGAAAAGGCAGAGUCACCUCUCAAACCCAAGCCUAAGCCUAAGCUGAAUCCCACACAUGCAGACCUUGGUGUAGGUUUAUUGGGUCGUAUGCCAGCAAAGAAUACCCAUAGCAUGAGCUUCCAACAAAUGCAGCAAUCGGGUGAUCUCAGCAAGUUGAUGAUGCGUGCUAGUCGUAGUGAUAUGAAUUUAUCAUCACCCCAAUAUCGUCGUAGUCGUAGUCCAGGCCCUGAAAAGGCACUUGGUGGUGGUGGUGGAAAGGGUAACAUCAACAAUGGAGGACGUGGCGGCCGUAUGACCAGCACGGAUGUACGUCGACGCUCAGAGAUGAUUCGUAGCGAAAGUGCUCCUCACGUGACACCAAGCAUGUCGACGCCUACAUCCAAUCGUCAAUCCACCAUGAUGCCAAGCAGCCAAUCCAUGUAUGGUCAAUACUUGAUGCCCAUGGCUGCUACUCCAAUGAUGGUACCUACAAACCAAAUGAUGCAACCUCCUCAAUUCCCUCCUGGUGGUCGUCCUGCUAGUGCCAUGAUGUCAAACGCUUCCGGUCAAUGGCCUGCUGCAGGCAAUAAUAAUUGGUCCAGUGGUGCUAGUAGUGGAUAUCGUUAA